AUGGUACUUCAGUGGAAAGUGAUGUUUUGGAGAUGGAUCCCUAAUAAGAGGCAAAAUCUACCUAAGGUUAUAGUUGGGCUCACAGCACUUUCAUUAGUUACCCACUAUUACAGGACGGCUCUUGGAGAAUACAAUACAUUGGAGGGAAAAACCCAUGACUACGCAACUUCAAUGCUAGAAAGAAGCAAAAACAUCUAUGACCAAGAGGCAAUGAAGAUAUUAGCUAAAAGAAGGCAAAAGAUGAUCAAAGACCAAGAAGAAGCAAAAGAAUACUUCAAGACUAAAGGAUAUGUUCCAAGACCUACAAAUGGGAAUAUGGUGGUCAACGAUAUCCUUGGCUAUUAA